CCCGCAGCCCAAGGAGCGCGCUUGCGCUCGCCGGGCCCCGGUCUCUGCUGGCUGGCAGUGAUGGCCUCUCUCCGUGCGCUUUCUGGGCAGUUGCUGGCAGCGAGCCGGUGGCGGGCCGUCGCCGGGUUGCAGCCUGCCAUCCGACUGCAUGGUCACAAGCACAUGAGCAGUCUGCCUGGCAUUGAUGAUGUGGUUAACGGGCUUACGGAGGAGCAGAGACAGCUUCGACAGAUGGUUCAGAAGUUCUGCCAAGAUCACCUCGUUCCCAAGGCCCAGGAAAUCGACCAGAAGAAUGACUUUCCAGAGUUGAGGGAGUUCUGGAAGCAGCUUGGUGGUCUGGGAAUUCUUGGGAUCACUGCUCCUGUGGAAUAUGGAGGAACUGGAGGUGGAUACCUAGAUCACGUCCUCGUUAUGGAAGAAAUAACCCGAGCCUCUGCUGCUAUUGGCCUCAGUUACGGAGCCCAUUCCAACCUGUGCAUCAAUCAGCUGGUGAGAAACGGCAAUGAAGAUCAGAAAAAGAAAUAUUUACCCAAGUUAAUCAGUGGUGAUCAUGUGGGAGCUCUCGCAAUGAGUGAACCGAACGCAGGCUCGGAUGUUGUCUCUAUGAAAAUGAGGGCAGACAAGAAAGGUGAUUUUUACAUCCUCAAUGGCAACAAGUUCUGGAUUACCAAUGGACCUGAUGCAGAUGUUCUGAUUGUUUAUGCCAAGACAGACAUUAAUGCCAAACCAGCAUCACAUGGCAUCACAGCUUUCAUUGUAGAGAAGGAUAUGCCUGGAUUCAGUACAGCUCAGAAACUCGAUAAAUUAGGAAUGAGAGGCUCCAACACAUGCGAGCUAAUCUUUGAGGACUGCAAAGUGCCAGCCACCAACAUCCUGGGAGAGUUGAACAAAGGUGUGUACGUUCUGAUGAGUGGUCUGGACUUGGAACGGCUGGUGUUGGCUGCAGGCCCUUUAGGCAUCAUGCAGGCAGUUCUGGACAAUGCCAUUCCUUAUUUACAUGUUCGAGAGGCUUUUGGCAAGAAAAUUGGAGAGUUUCAGCUUUUACAAGGCAAGAUGGCUGACAUGUACACGCGUCUAAGUGCUUGCAGGCAGUAUGUGUACAACGUGGCAAGAGCCUGUGACCUGGGCCACAUGAGUGCAAAGGAUUGUGCAGGUGUAAUUCUUUAUGCUGCAGAGUCAGCAACCCAAGUGGCCUUGGAUGGAAUCCAGUGUUUGGGUGGCAAUGGUUACAUCAAUGACUAUCCCAUGGGCCGUUUUCUGCGGGAUGCUAAGUUGUAUGAAAUAGGAGCUGGAACCAGUGAAGUCAGGAGGCUGAUCAUCGGCAGAGCAUUCAAUGCUAUUUACAAAUAACCCAUUCUCCCAGCAUCCCACCAAGAUCAAACAUGUGUCUCCUCCUCCUCCCACAAAUUAGUACUUUAUUCUGGCAAUAUCUCAUAUCAACUUUUUAAGGCAUAUAUGCAUUAUAUUUUGAAGUGCCUUGGUUUCUGUUGAGACAUUCUUCUAUCCUAGAGAAAUAUCAACUGCAAAGUAAAAUCAUGAAUGUUGACUUUAAUUAAAUGUGAAAUAUUCUACUGAAGUAUCAGGAAGGAAAGGUGCUACGGUUAGCACAGCAGAAGAUGACCCAUAUGAUACUAACUUGGCGUUACUAUUCAGGUCUGUUGGUUUAAUCUACUAGGUGGUGUAUUAUUGUUAAUGUGGAGAAAAAUGGCAUAUUAAAAUAUCUCCAUAGUGCUACAUGUUAAAUAGGAGAGCUGGCUGCAUUAUUUGUUGCUGUGUACAUAUUCUGUACUUGUUCAGUGGUGGAUCAGAUUAUAUAUGUAAAUAUUCAAUUGCUGUUGUUGGGAAAGCUAUAAUGUAAAUCAUUGGCAGAUUAACUUUCUUAAAUAGUAAUUAAGAUGCAGACUGUCCUGGUCAGCAACCUCUGGAUGAAAGCUAUAAAUUCUAAUGGAGCUUUCAUAGCGUUACACAGAGCCAGAAGAUGCACUCACGCAGGUUGUACUGAUGCAGCGGUUUGUAUUAUUUUACUGUAACAAGGAAUGUGUAUUUUAAAGAUACAGCAUCCCAAUACCUCUUGGGUUUAAUUGCUUUUCAGUGAGACUGUCUAGAGCAGGGGUUCCCAAACUUUUUUAUGCCAAGGACCCCGACCAUUAGCCGAGGUGUCCGUGAACUCCAGGUUAGGAAUUACUGAGGAACAGUAAUGGUAAGUUUUCUAUUGCUGAAAAGAUCCAUUCUUUACAUUUUGUAAUAUACGAGUCAUGUCCCAUGUAACAAGCUGUAAAACCUGUUUUUUCACUUUCAAAAUGUCAGUGCCACUUGAACAAUGACUUCUGGGGGGUAUCUAUGAUGUAUAGUGCAAUAAGAUGAACUUGAAAUAUCACUUUAUUAUUAAGUAGAACAUGAUGUCAUUGAACAAGAAUUCUUUUCUCGUACUACUGAACUGGUUACAAAUACAGAUAAUCCUCCUUAGCUGUCAUAUGUUGUUCAAAUCUUUCUACUAGACUGACCUGUUCAUACUGGGAAAUUCAUUCUUGGUGAGACAACAUGCUCAUGUGCAGAAAGGAUUUUGUGCAGAGUUAACAACUCUGUUUGGACAUAUUCCUGCAUAUUUCAUCAGAUGAGCUGCUCUCUUCCCUGUUACUGAUUUCCCAAAACUCUCAAUAUUACUGUAGUGUUUUUUCCCCUAUCAGUUGGGAAAUGAAGAAACACAUUGUUCAGUGAUUGGAUGUUUCUUAACACUUCAAGAACUUUUUGUUUCUAGAUCCCAGUUUGUAUUCAUUAAUGAAUAAAGUGUUAACUGAAGGUGUUGCAAACACUUUGAGCUAUU